GAGAGGAGUAAACGUUUAAUGAAAGCUAUUUCUUGAAAAUGAAAUCAUUAGUGUUGAGUGUUCUGUUUGUAAGUGUUUUAGGUCUUAGUGAAUGCUGUAGGUGCGCUGUAAGGCCCGAUUUGGAUCUGGGCUGUGCAUCAGAUUUCAUAAUCAAGACGAAAGUGACAAGUCAACUUCGAAAUCAUGCGGUUCCAAACGAUUCUGACAGCUUCUACUAUAUGAUUAAGCAACCAUGUUAUGUUAAUACAUACAAGUUCAAUUUCCGAUCUGAUGUAUCUGCGGCAAACAAAGCGAGAGUAUACAACAGUGAGAGUACCGGAUCGUGCGGUGUCUUUUUAGAAAGGGGAAAGACAUACAUUCUGUCAGGGAGUGUCAAUUAAGAAAAGCAGCGCAUGGAAAUGAACUCGUGUUCGUCUUGGGUGCGGGAAACGAGUCAAAUCAGUCCAGAGUCCCACCAGCUGUUGAUGCAGUUUAAACAAGGGACCGUUGUAUGUCCGCAGGGAAAUUAAGCGAAAACGAUUGCAUACAUAUUAUAAACAUGCUUUGCUAACUUAAUUGUACAGUACUGAACCGUUAACAAUGCAUACAUGUCAUAGUAAACGAAAAGAACACAAUUUUGUAUUUUCGUUAACCAUUUUAUGAAUCACGGUUUAAGAACGGUUUGAUGGGCUAUUCCUAAUUUAAUUAUUGCACGAAUGCGUACAUGUAUGAAAACAAUGUGGCGAAACGUAUGACAGGAUUUCAGCGAACGUCAUCUUGUAAACCACAUUGUUAACCUUAAACGUAUGACAUUAUUUCAGCGAACGUCAUCUUGUAAACCACAUUGUUAACCUUAAACGUAUGACAUUAUUUCAGCGAACGUCAUCAUGUAAACCACAUUGUUAACCUCAAACGUAUGUCAUGAUUUCAGCGAACUUCAUCUUGUAAACCACAUUGUUAACCUUAAACGUAUGACAUGAUUUCAGCGAACGUCAUCUUGUAAACCACAUUGUUUACCUUAAACGUAUGACAUGAUUUCAGCGAACGUCAUCUUGUAAACCACAUUGUUUACCUUGUGAAUUUGUUGAACUGUGUAAUGAAAGUGCACCAAC